UACAAAUGUAAAUACAAAAAAAUGGAGUGGUAUUUGUGUGAAUACUUUUAAUAAAAGAACUAUAAUCGAUCUGCCAUGGAAUGAAACACGCGGCCAUACUGAUGUCCGCACAAAUUUCAAUUUCCAGAUGGAUCAAACAGCCCUCUUCAUCCUCAUCGCCAAGACUGAUGCAGAACAAGAAAACUGUACAUCAGGAGAUGAAAACCCAACAAUUCCUCUGUAUCAACUCCCAAUCUAUAUCCGCAAUCGCGCUCACCAUGUCCCUGCUGCUACACUCCCUCUCCUUAGCCUCGGGAACCAGCGCCCUCCACCCAAUCAUCCUCAUCCCCGGAGCCGGCGGCAACCAGCUCGAGGCUCGCCUGACCACCAAAUACCGUUCCACAAACCCUAUCUGCGAACUCACCGCCCUCACCAAGCGCGGCAAUUGGUUCCGCCUUUGGUUCGAUCCCUCCGUCCUCCUGGCUCCAUUCACCCGCUGCUUCGCCGAGCGAAUGGAGCUCACCUAUCUCCCCACCAUCGACGACUUCCGUAACGCUCCCGGCGUCGAAACCCGCAUCCCCCUCUUCGGCUCCACCCAAAGCCUCCUCUACCUCGAUCCCCAUCUCAAGCAUUUCACGGAAUACAUGGGGCCCCUCGUCUCGGCCUUAGAAUCAGCCGGCUAUGUCGACGGCCGCAACCUCUUCGGCGCACCAUACGACUUCCGCUAUGGCCUGGCACCCUCCGGCCACCCAUCGAUGGUCGGUGAUCAAUACCUGCGUGAUCUCGGCGAACUAAUCGAGUCCUCCGUCGCAGCUAACGACGGCCGAUCCGUCAUUCUCGUCGCUCAUAGCCUCGGCGGUCUCUUCGCUCUCCAUCUUCUGGACCGCUCCCCGCUGUCCUGGCGUCGGCAAUUCAUCAAACACCUUGUGACCCUCUCCACUCCAUGGGCCGGAACCGUUCAGGAAAUGCUCACCUUCGCCUCCGGCUACACGCUCGGCGUCCCCUUGGUCGACCCGCUAAUCGUGCGCGGCGAGCAGCGCAGCGCCGAGAGCAACCUCUGGCUUCUUCCUGCGCGCCGCGUGUUCGACGAAAUGCCUCUAGUGUUCGCGAACAACAGGAGUUACUCCGCUAAGGAGAUGGAGGAGUUUUUGAAGGAUAUUGGAUUUGAGAAAGGGGUUUACCCGUACGAGACGAGGAUUAGGCCGAUGGUGGACAGAGCGGUGGAGAUUGAAGGAGUUCCGGUGACCUGCAUCGUUGGGUCCGGCGUUGAUACGCCGGAAAAGUUGUUUUAUGGUAGCAAAGGGUUCGACAAGCAGCCGGAGGUGAUGUUCGGCGAUGGUGAUGGAACGGUUAAUAUGGAAAGCUUGCUGGCGCUGGAGAAGGACUGGUCCGAAGCUGGAAGAAAGAAUCUUAAGGUCGUGAAGCUGCAGGGAAUCACUCACACUUCCAUACUUAGGACUAGGGUUGCAGUUAACAAGAUUGUUGAGGAGGUUGGGCUGAUCAAUUCCAUGGAUUUCAGUUCGCAGCUUGGGUCUUAAUUAAAAAGCUGCAAUUUUUUUAGUUUAUUGAUUGAGGACGUUGAUACCUAAAUUUUAGGGGAAUUUACGUGCAUAUCACCUAAAUCCUAUGUACUUACAUAUUUAUCA